CGCCGCGACGCGGGGAGGGGAAAGGCAAGAUGGCGAUGCAGCGCGGAAUGGUGGCGGCUGUGGGCCGCUCCCCGCGCCGCUGCCGGCGUUUGGCGGCUUCGGGCUCGUCCCGCGGGACGGCUUGGUCACCCCUCGCGGUUGGGGGGGUCGCGCAGCCCCCCGCGAGACGGAAGCUGGCCGCCUUCCCACUCUUGUCAAACCUUUCUCUUAUAACAGGCUUAGACUGGUUUCUGUCUCCCGUUGUUUUACCUAAAAUCUGAGGAGAAGCGAAACAUUGGCUUUUAAGUACAUGCAGACAAUAAUCUUCUAUCCAUAUUUCGCUCAGCGUUAAAAUACUAGAAGUCGGUAACUUCUUUUACUGCUUUGCUAUUUUGCUUUUUUACUUCAUCUUACAUGCGGAGGGUCGGGUGCCCCAGCUGUGAAAUGGGAGGACUGGUGCUGAGUGACUGGGAGGUGAAGCUGCAAGGCACCAUCUCACUGGUGAUUGUUAACUUAUUUUUACUGUUCUCUCCCACUCCAGCCACCAAUGAUAUGUAAACAAACAAACAAAAAAAAAUUAUGUUCGUAAAUCUUUGCACCACUGUUUCUCAGCCUGGAGAAACCCAGUGGGGAAAUCUUGCUGCGGUCAUGCAGAACAGAUGUAGUGGUGUAAGAAACUUCACAGGAAAGCUGAGCUUUUCUUCAGGAGAUGCAGCAACACACAACGCCUGGGCUCUGGUGAUGACAGCAACAGCCCCACAUUCCUCCAGUCUCUUGUCACUGCUGCAUUUGCAAUUCAUUCGUGAUCAGGCAGGAAGACCUGCUGGGGAGCGAGGAGAGGCUGAAUUUGGUGGGACCAGGAGAGAUGGUGGCUGGGGCCUGGUCUCGGUCUGGCUCUCCCCGACCACGACAUCAGCAUCAGCCCCGAUCGUUCGGGGCAUCGGAACACGUCGUGACGCUGCACCCCGAGUGAGUGACAUGCUGACUUUCAGAGCCACCUCCUGAAGUAAAGCACAGAGGGUCUCGGGCUGAUGGUGUCCCCAGGUUCCCCGUGUCUGCUGAUGCUCAGCAGCGUCAUCUGCUUUUAGCCAGAUGCUGCUUUUCUUUCCCAUCAGAACUGGAGCUGCUUUUAAAAUGAUCUGCGCUGGUUCUGCAGCUGAAUAGACCUGUGAAUGACCAUAGGCUUGGCUUGACCUUGAUUUUGAUGGCUUUGUUGGAAGAUCUAACGACGUGAUUGCAUUUCAUGAAGUGAUUGCUCUCCAGUCGCUAUGGCUUAGGUUACAAGCCACUUCUGCCACUCUGUCACUCAUGGACAAUUCAGAUUUUUUUUUAAACAAACCUUCUGGCUAUUUUUCUUUUCUCACUUCCCCUUUCCCCCGUUUCUCCUUAAUGUUGGGAGCCUUGUUCUACACUUUGAUGUGAUUGAUAGUCCUGCUGCUUCGUGCUGCUGAAUUCUGUUUUAAAGUACAAUGGCUCUGAGUGGCAACUGCAGGACUUACCUUCCUUCUCGAGAGCAGGGGACUGGGCUGCACUCCUUCCCAGAGGUAGUGGAGCUAAACGUGGGCGGCCAGGUUUACUUCACUCGCCACUCCACCUUGGUUGGCACCCCACACUCCCUGCUAUGGAAAAUGUUCACCCCAAAGAGAGACACAGCCAACGAUCUGGCCAAGGACUCCAAGGGAAGAUUCUUCAUCGACAGAGAUGGUUUCCUUUUCCGCUAUAUUCUGGACUAUCUCAGGGACAAGCAAGUGGUUCUGCCUGACCACUUCCCAGAGAAGGGAAGGCUCAAGAGGGAGGCUGAGUACUUCCAGCUCCCAGACUUGGUCAAACUCCUGACUCCUGAUGACAACAAGCAAAGCCCCGAUGAUUAUUGCCACAGUGACUAUGAAGAGGUCUCCCAAGGCAGUGACACGAGAAUAUGCCCACCCUCAUCGCUCUUACCGCCUGAUCGGAAGUGGGGAUUCAUUACCAUCGGGUACCGGGGGUCGUGCACUAUUGGCAGGGAGAGCCAAGCAGAUGCCAAAUUCAGGAGGGUCCCAAGGAUUUUGGUUUGCGGAAGGAUUGCUCUGGUCAAAGAGGUCUUUGGAGAAAGUUUGAAUGAAAGCAGAGACCCAGACAGGGCUCCAGAAAGAUACACCUCCAGGUUUUAUCUCAAGUUCAAGCACCUGGAGAGGGCUUUCGACAUGUUGUCCGAGUGUGGAUUCCACAUGGUGGCCUGUAACUCCUCGGUAACAGCUUCCUUUGUCAACCAAUACACAGACGACAAGGUCUGGUCCAGCUACACAGAAUAUGUCUUCUACCGUGAGCCCUCCCGGUGGUCCUCGUCCCACUGCGACUGCUGCUGCAAGAACGGCAAAGGCGACAAGGAGGGAGAGAGCGGCACGUCGUGCAACGAGCUGUCGACGUCGAGCUGCGACAGCCAGUCGGAGGCCAGCUCCCCCCAGGAGACCGUCAUCUGCGGCCCCGUCACCCGCCAGCCCAACAUACAGACUCUGGACCGGCCGGCCAAGAAGGGGCCGGUGCAACUGCUGCAGCAGUCCGAGAUCCGGAGGAAGAGCGACCUGCUCCGGACUCUCACCUCCGGCUCCCGGGAGUCCAACUCCAGCAAGAAAAAAGCGGUGAAGGAGAAGCUCUCCAUUGAGGAGGAGCUGGAAAAAUGUAUCCAGGAUUUCCUCAAAAUCAAAAUCCCAGACAGGUUUCCGGAAAGGAAACAUCCCUGGCAAUCCGAACUGCUGCGGAAGUACCACUUAUAGGCUCAGGGCGGGGAAAGCACACGACCUUAUUACCGUUAGAGCAAGAAUCUAAGUGGUACGAAAAUAAUUCCCAAUAAUAAUUGUUAGGUCAAAAAAAAAAAAAAAAAACCCAAACAAAAACAUCCAUCUCUGUAGUACUGCCUAAUUUGCCUAUUUCACCUUAACAUUUAUAGUCAUAGGGUAACGAUAUUUUUCCAGUCGUGGAAGCACAAUGACAAAUGCUUUUAUUUGUAAACUCCGAGUCUUACACAAGCUGAAUACCUUAAGGGCACAACCACACCGGCCACAGGAGACGCUGGCGUGCGGGCGCUGGUGGGAGCGCCCGGGCUGUCUGUGGACUGCAUGCCUUCUGCGUUCCCCCCGUAGUGCGUUUGUUUGGAGGGAUGUCCACCGCUCAAAGAAACAAGCUAUGCCAUGACAGUUUACCUUAAGCAUGUGUAUAUAUAUAUGUGCAUAUAUAUAUAUGUGUGUAUAUAUAUGUCUCUGUAUAUAUAUAUGUAUAUAUAUAUCAAUAUAUAUUGCUUAAAGACUUUCUGGCUCUCUCCUUAUAACUGCACUUUCUCAGAAAAGAGCAUUUUUAAGCAGUCUGUGGAUGUUCCGUUUCUUCUUCAGGUCUUUGAGGGUAGAAACCCCAUCUCACUGUCUCUCUCCCCCGCUCCCCCCUCUCUCCUUCCCCCCGUUCUCUGCGACCCUGUAAAUGCGUUUCAGUGGAGACCAGGGAGCACCGUGUGGGUCUUUGUUGCCGUCAGCAAAAUAUUCCGUUUGUUUUUGAUGAUCUUGUUCCCUCUGUGUCCUCCCCACACCCCUUGUGUUUCUCAAGGCUCUCCGGGGCCGGUGGGUUAAGCGCGUGGGGCUCCCGAUUGGGAAGCUGGAGGGACUGUCCCGGUUGGUGCUCUGGCUGGCGGGGGAGCGAUCGCUGGAGGAUGGGAGCAGCUCCCUUCCAGGCACACGCUUGUUUCAAGAGAAAAUGCAGACCCCAGCGGCGGUGCCCAGGGGCCCUGUCUGCAGGACGUUAGCCCCCAAACCGCGCCGCGUGCCCCGUGUUAGCCACCGCACACCGGCCCGGGAGCCACGGGAAGGGCUGGUCCUGCACUGAUCAGAGCGGGGGUCCCGCAGCCUCUCCCCCCACCCCGAGAAGGGCGGCGGGUCUGUGGGGUGCAACAGGCUGUCAUUGCCAGGUGGUGCGUGAGCACGGCAGCAAGGACCAGGGAGCGCCCAGGAACCGGGUGUUUGCAAGCGGUCAGGGGCGUAGGGCCAGCAAAACCUGGAGCAGGUCAGUGUCUGGGGGGGGGCUUGGCUCGGGGGGGGGGGCUCGGCUCAGGGGCGAGCUCGGGCUGCCAGGGCAGGCGAGCUGCAGAGAGUGAUGGCAGGAUGAAUUGCUCCGGCUAAUCUAUCUUGGCCGUGUCUGGGAGCAAACCAGCUAGAGUAUUUGAGAUAAAUUAUUUGUUUUCUAGAGGCACAGGAGGAAGGAGGUUUUAUAUAUAUAUA